AUGUCUUCGACAAUUCUUCAGACAAAAUCUGCAAGGACAGCACCAACACGGCUUGACGGGCGCAAAACAGACGACUUGAGGCCGUUGACUAUCACUUACGAAGGAUUGGCUCGCUCGGAUGGCUCUGCGCGGUUCGGUUUCGGCCCUGCCCUAACACUGGCAUCUCUCUCAGGGCCCAUUGAAGUACGCGCUGCUCUGGAAAACCCAACCCAAGCAACCCUCGACGUGCACGUCCGCCCGCUCGCCGGCAUCCCGGGCACAGAUGCGCGCGCCCUCGCAUCGACGCUUAAGCUCCUCCUCACCCCGUCGCUUUUCCUCAACCAGUGUCCGCGGACCCUCGUGCAGGUGGUCGUGCAAGCGCUGUGCGAUAGGCCUGGGGGCGCAAAGGGCUGGGGCAGCGUGCUCGUCGCGAGCGCGGUGAACUCUGCCAGUCUCGCGCUGCUCAGCGCGGGCUCGGUGCCUAUGCGUGGCGUUGUGUGUGCCAUUGCGGUCGGUCGUGUCGUGUUACCUGGUGCUGCUGCGGGGUCGGGUGUGCUUGUGCUAGACCCGUCGGACGAGGAGCUACCACGCUUGACAGGUGGGGGCUGCUUUGCCUUUCUUUUUUCUUCGGCUCUUCCGUCGGCGAUACAAGCGGAAGAGGAUGCACCCCCGUGCGAGCUCUUGUGGACGGACUACAAGUGUCAGAACGGAUUCGGCGAAGACGAGCUUUUUAGGGCGAGACAGAUCGCCAGCGGGGGCGCGAAGGCGGUCUGGCGCGCGAUGAAGGAGAGCGUGGCCAGGAUGGAUACGACAAUGCACAGCCACUCCAGCAAGAGUGGAGAGGAGCAUCGUGGCAAUGCGAUGGAUGAAGGUGGCGGAGAAAGCGCAGAGGAGAGCGAGGUGGACGACGACAAGAUGGAGAUCUCAUGA